AUGUCCGACCGACGCGGUCGACGAUCAAGCCGCUACGACGACGGCGACACCACCACCGAUUACUACCAGCCCCGCCCACGGUACCGGUCCCUCGGCCGCCAGGCCCUAGACAAGCUGGAGGACACCAUGAACAGCCUCGGUCUGGGCGACGGGCGAUCCCACCACUCCGCCCAGCAAGACCGCGCCGUCGAGCGCUACUACCCGCCCCCUCCGCCUCAUCACCACCACCACCACCACCACCGCGGUCGCCGCCGCUACCACAGCAGCUCGCCAACCCGUGCCUCGCGCCGCUCCCACCGGUCGACCGCCGCCAGUCCACGCGACUCCUCUUCGCGCAGCCGCGGCCGCUGGGAGCGCGGCAUCGAGGCGGCCGCCGAGGCGGCCGCCGUGGAGGCCUUCCGGCUGCGGCACGAGCCCGGCCGGUGGCGCGGCCCCAAGGGCGAGCGGGUGGCCACGGAGGCGAUCAGCGCCGGCGUGAUCGGCGCCGCGACGGAGCAGCGGGGGCAGGACCACGGCGGCGGGAAGCUGGGCACGCUUGGCUCUGCCCUGGGUGGGCUCGUGGUCAAUCGGCUGGUGAAUGGGCCGAGGGAUGAGGUGCGGCGGUGA